AUGGCAAUUAGGGUUUCCCACAAGUCUCUCCUCCUCACACUUCUUCUCCUACUCUUCGUCUGUUCUCUUACUCAAGCACGGAGCUUACGAGAAAUCGUAAAGAAACGAACGUUAUUGGUAGCGGAGAAGGUUCAAGGGAAUCGGAAACUAAGGCACGAAGGAGGAGGAAGUGAUGUUGAUGGAUUGGUGGAUAUGGAUUAUAAUAGUGCGAACAAGAAAAGACCUAUACACAAUCGCUAA